AUGGCCUCUUUCAAUUGCUUUGUUUUAGCAUUGUUCAUGGCUUUAUCGUUUUCAAGCGUCAACGUUGGCCUAGCUGCGCGUCAUCUUCUUCAGCUGCCAACAUUGCCACCGUUGCCAUCGAUUCCAAAUCUCCCACAGCCAACGAUGCCCACCCUGCCGCAACCAUCUAUACCCAACCCCGUCGCUCUUCCUCCACUGCCUACCAUUCCUACCCUGCCACCCUUGCCCAGCUUGCCUUCAAUCCCCACUUUGCCAACUACCAUUCCAUCCUUCUCCCCACCACCUGCUAGAACUACCCCUUGA